AUGUUAGCUAUGCGUCGCGAAAGUGAUAAUUUGAACAAUAGCAACAACAACGCACCACAUAACAGCUAUACAACAAAUAAUCUUCCUGACGAUAACAAUUUAACGCAUUUGAACUAUACUCAUCCGGUUCACAAUUAUAGCACAUCAAGUAGUUACAGUGGACUCCAAACAAGCAGUCGACCAAGUACAUCAACUUUAAUUUCUUCAUCCCAAAAUCAGUUAGAAGAAUAUGUUGAUAUUUUGCAAGUUCAACAAUUGCUUCUUGAAAAUUCAACUGCUUCAGCUUCAACGUCAUCAACAAUAAACACUGUUUCUUAUACAGCUUCUCCAAGUUCGAGUGCAACAACUCCUUCAACAGUCACUAAGAACAUUCAAAGUAGACCAAGAGUUAAUCUUCAGAAAGCCGCAGAAUAUAACCAAAUUCAAGGAGAGAGUCCAAAUUCUCGCCGGCUGCUCUUUGACUAUCCGGGUAGUCCUUAUUUGUACGGAAAUUAUCAUCAUCCGUCACCAAGCGAAGAUUUGCUACUUUGGUUUGGAGGAAACAGCUCGGUUCACUAA